GUCGUAUUCUUAAAUAAUAAACAUAUUGUGUAUGUUUAUUUUCCGGUAGGUGUUUGGUUAAUUUAAUCUUUUAUCUAUGGCCGGUACUCUAUUCUCUAGUCUGAGUAGUCAGUAUUCGUCAAUUAUAACGUGUCAAUUAUUAUUAUUUAAUAGUAAGAACUUAACAAAAGAAUGGCCAAUCGAACGGUAAAAGAUGCAAAAACUAUUCACGGUACAAAUCCUCAGUAUUUGAUCGAAAAGAUCAUUCGGUCUCGUAUUUAUGACAACAAAUUCUGGAAAGAAGAAUGUUUUGCUUUGUCUGCUGAAUUGCUGGUGGACAAGGCAAUGUCAAUGCGAUUUAUAGGAGGAGUAUUUGGCGGUAAUAUAAAACCCACACCUUUCUUGUGUUUGACAUUAAAAAUGUUGCAAAUACAACCUGAAAAAGAUAUCAUUGUAGAGUUCAUAAAAAAUGAAGAAUUCAAGUAUGUGCGAGCGCUUGGAGCAUUUUAUAUGCGUUUGACAGGCUCAUCAGUAGAUUGUUAUAAGUAUUUGGAGCCGUUAUUGGCUGACAGUCGUAAGUUGAGAAGACAAAAUCGAGAUGGCCAGUUCGAGCUUAUACAUGUUGAUGAAUUUAUUGAUUCACUGCUACGAGAUGAACGUGUGUGUGAUGUUAUAUUACCACGUAUACAAAGCAGACAUGUGUUGGAAGAAAACAAUGAAUUAGAACCCAAAGUGUCUAUACUUGAAGAAGACAUUGAAGAAGGUGUUGAAUCAUCAGAUGAAGAAGAACCUACUGAGAAACGAAGAGAAAAGGAACAUAGAAAUAAACAUUCUCCAGUUAAAGAAAAAAGAAGAGACAGAGAACGUGAAAAAAGGAAUAGAGAUAGAGAUCGAAGAGAUCGUGAUAGGAGUGAUAGAAGAGAUAGAGACCGACAUAGAAGAAGCAGAAGUCAUGAUCGUGAACGAACAAAAAGACAUAGAUCUAGAUCACCUUAUAGAAAAUAAAACAUUUUCAUUUGUACACUUGUAUAUUUUUUUCCAAUAAAUAAAUAAUUUUAAUUCAA